CGUCCUGUCGGCCCUGCGACUGCAGUUCUUUCGAAAAAGCGCGAAAAUUGAAAAUUGCUAAUUUCAAAAAUCCACAAACCUACUUCCGUUCUUGCCUAUUGAAGAGCAAAGAAAAAACAACAGCUUUUUUUUUCGAGUGUGCAGUGUGAAAAAAAAAGAGCGCGGCAAAAAAAUAGGUCCAAAAAAAAAAGAAGCAAAACGAGAAAACAGAAGACGGAAAUGAAGCCAGCAAGUUGUGUGCAUAUCGGAGAAAGUAGCGGAAAUUAAAAUUUGCAUAUAUGCAAAAAGGCGGCGGGCGGCGGUGGGCGGGUCAUUCAGGAGCGAUGAAGAUGGAAAUUAAGAUGAAAGAGAACCCGCAACUGACCGAAACAAGACCCAAGUGUCAGAUCUAACUGCAGACUCGUGCGCAAUCCAACCCACCAGCCUAAAAGCUUAACAGGGGCACCCACAAGCACAAACACCAAAAAAAAAAAAAAAAAAAGAAAUCCCCAGAACUCCCAGGAGCAAUAGUCCAGUUGCAGUUCCAGCUAGUGCAAGCCCAAAGUCCAGCCACAGAAACAGCUACAGCCACAGAUACAGAUACAGAGUCCCAGUCAGAGUCACAUAGAAAGAAAUGCCGUCGCCAGGACACCACACAUCAUUCUGCUGCUCCACGGCAGGAUUUAUCGCUUGCUCAGCAAUCGUUCUGCUUUGCAGUUCCGAGGUCCUGUCCAGCUGGGAGGAGUGGUGGACAUACGAUGGCAUAUCCGGACCAAGCUUCUGGGGCCUCAUCAAUCCGCAGUGGAAUAUGUGCAACAAGGGGCGCCGCCAAUCGCCCAUCGAUGUGGUGCCCGACAAAUUGCUCUUCGAUCCAUAUCUGCGACCCCUGCACAUCGACAAGCACAAGGUUUCCGGCACACUGCACAACACGGGCCAGUCGCUGGUCUUCCGCGUGGACAAGGACACCAAGCAGCACGUGAACAUAUCCGGUGGCCCACUGGCCUAUCGCUACCAGUUCGAGGAGAUCUACAUACACUACGGCACCGAGAAUGUGCGCGGUUCCGAGCACUUUAUCCAGGGCUACAGCUUUCCCGGCGAGAUUCAAAUCUAUGGGUUCAACAAGGAGCUGUACCACAACAUGUCCGAGGCGCAGCACAAGUCGCAGGGCAUCGUUGGCCUCUCGCUGAUGGUGCAAAUUGGCGAGACGCCCAAUCCCGAGCUGCGCAUCAUCACGAGCACCUUCAACAAGGUGUUGUAUAGAGGAUUCUCGACGCCCAUCAGGCACAUAUCCGUGAGGUCGCUGCUGCCGAACACGGAUCACUACAUCACCUACGAGGGCUCGACGACGCAUCCGGGCUGCUGGGAGAGCACCGUGUGGAUCAUAGUUAAUAAGCCCAUCUAUAUCACCAAACAGGAGUUGUACCAACUCCGACGACUGAUGCAAGGCUCCGAGAGUACCCCAAAAGCUCCACUAGGUAAUAAUGCGCGACCAGUGCAAAGUUUACACCAUAGAACCGUAAGGACGAACAUAGAUUUUAAGCGAAACAAGAAUCAAUAUGCGUGCCCCUCGAUGUACAAGGAUAUGUACUAUAGGGCGAAUCGAUGGUCACCCGACACGGGACUUUUGAUACGUUGACAACUCGGAUGGGAAUGGGAAUUAUUGCUACUAUUAUUAUUAUUAUGUGUGGUAAAUAAUGUUACAGCAAUUACAACUAUAAUGACAACAACAACAGCAACAACAACUGGUUACAAAAACAUCAACAACUGAGGCUGGCAACGAAACAUUUUGCAUUUUGCAUUUUUUAUGUCGCAUUCAAUUUUUAUAUUCACGUUUACAACACGAACUCAGGAUUCGUUUGGCUUGCAAUUGCAAUAUUCCUACAGCAGCAGCAGCAGCAAAUUGUAUUAUUUAUUUCAUUAUUAUUAAUAAUACGACAACUGGACAAAUUUAGGUAACAAAAGCAGGAACAAAAAAAAUGCAAAUGCUUGUAGAGCGAGUAUAACAAUAGAGUAAAUGUCGCGCCAAACGCAAAUGUUAAAUUUAACAACAAUUUAAACAAAAAGCUAACACACACACACAGACACUAGCGCAAAAUAGGAAAAAUAGCAAAAAAUAGUAGGUGAAAAAUUGAGUAAAAAUUGUAUUGCAUAUUCUGGUGGCGCCGCAUGAGCAGUUAAUUCAAUGGAAUUUAAUUCAAAUCGGUUUUUGUCUUCAAUUUAUAUGUAUUUAUGCAAAGCGCAAAAAGCACGAGUCCAUCAUCGUUUUUUUUUUUUUUAUGCAAGCCCUAAAAGUUUUUAAAUCGCUGUGUGUGUGAGUUAAUUUAAUAAACAAGGACUCUGGAUUUUCAAUUACCUAAUUUUCAAUAGAUGUUCUAGUCGUACGGAAAAUCUGGUCGAUUUAAAAGCUUUGCUUUAAUCUGGACUCAUUUAAAUAUUUCCGAUUCAAUGCAUUCUAUAUACAUACACACUUGUAUAUUUUCAUAAUCAUUUGUGAUUUGCCUGCUUUGUUAAAUGCCGAUACCAACAACAAUUUAGCAAAAAAAAAUAAACAAUGUAAAGAGCAACAGAAAGAAAGGAAAAAAAAAGUGCGACAACAAAGUGAAAUAAGAGAAUUUCCGUAAACUGGAUGGGUGGACAAUAACUAACAAACAAAACUAACGAAAUAUUAAUGAAGAGUUCGAGACGAAACAUAAACAAAUGGCAACAGAAAUUAACAAAAAGUAAAUAUUCAUAUAAGUAUACACACAAAACUAAAGGUAUCUAUAUAAAGUCAUAUAUAUACACACAUAUGUAUACAUAUAUAGAUAUAUAUACCACUAUGCCAGGGGAUCUACAGAUAUCGCUCGGGAUUGCAAGUUUCCGGAUAUUUCUUUCGCAUAAAUGAUGCUAUGAUCCUUUCAAAAUCCUUUCAAAGUUAUUGCAAAUCCUGCUGCGAUUUCUGUGAUUUCCUGUUUAUAUAUACACCACUAUACGAGUAUAUGUACGAUCGAGAGAAAGUGCAGUAACUAAAGUGAAACCAAUACGAACUACUAAGCAAUGCAGCCAGGAAGUUGAACAAAAAUCACCACUCUAUAUAUGAUGGCUAUGUAUAACUAACACACCCUUAGGUACUCACACACACACACACACAACCAAUAGCAACCAAUACCAAUCUAUAAGCGUCUAUAUACUUGGCUUUGAAACUUAUGAUCCCAUCCUCAGUUGGCGGCCAUCUAUAUAUAUAUAUAUCUAUGAAUCUAUAAAUCUAGUCACCAGUCAUGGAGUAUACAAUAAACAAUAGCUCUAGCAGGCAAGCAUUAGAAUUAACUAAAAUAAAAAAAAUUAAUUGAUUAACUAGCCGUGUUGCUAACCAAACAGCCCAAGAAGAAAUCAAAUUCGAAUUAAUGCGUAAACCAGAAACGAUCUAUAUAUAUAUAUAAUAUAUAAUAUAAUAUAACAUAAAGUAAAUGAGUUUUUUUUUUGAAGACAAACAGUGUUGUAAAGUGCUGUAAAGACAAGUAUUAUGGCUAAUGUAGGACCUAAGUUACUGAAUAGCAUUUAGCAGUUAGCAGUUAGCACCAACUGAGUUUGUAUAAUAUACACGAAUAUAUAGUAUACCUAAACAUAUAUAUACACACACACAUAUAUAUACAAAUAUAUAUAUAUGUAUAUUUAUCAGAUCCGUUCAAUUCCCACAUUCGCAGCUGUCGAGCGACACUUUGUGCAAUUAUUUCUUUGGGCCAACAAGCAAGCAACUAACUUUGUUAACUAAGGAACAUACUAAAUGGCCCCCCGAUUAUGUGUAGAGCAUUAACUAUUUGUAUAAAAGCUAUUGGGAAUUCUGAAUUCUGAAUUCCUCAACUCGGUAACACUUUGCUACGACUGUAAGUUACUAUUGUGUUGCCAUAUGAAAAGCAAGAAAAGCAGGAAAUGCAAGAAAGAAGCAAAAACUAUAUAUACAUAUAUACAAAUUCUAUAUAUAUAUAUAUAUGUAACUAUAAAUGCAAGAAUUACUAAGCAUAGAACGGGUGAGCAGAAAGAAGCUAUUGUUGCCCGAGAAAACUGAAAAUUGAAGAAUGCAAAACUAAUAAAUGAAAAGCGAAAGUAUUAUA